AUGCCGUUUUCCUUUGCUUUUGGUACCGAAGCUGUUGUCCCAGUCGAAAUCAACGCACCCGCGUGCCUAACGACAUCUUGCACGCCAGAGCGAAAUGAGAUGCUGCUUGCACUCAACCUUGACCUCAUCGAAGAACACCGUUCCCAGGCUCAGCUUCGGAAUGCCGCCUACAAACAAAGGACUUCCCGAUACUACGAUUCGCGCGUCAAACGCCAAUCGUUCAAAGUGGGUGACUGGGUUUUACGCAAAUUUUCUCUCGCCACCAAGGACUCCAACGAAGGCACCCUUGGCCCUUCAUGGGAAGGUCCUUAUGAGGUCGUCACCGUCUGCCGACCGGGAACUUACCGAUUGCGCGUUGUUACUCCAAACAAACUCAACACAACCUCAUUUAAAUUCUGUUUAGUCUUAGGAUUACUUGUGAGUCUAAGUAGUAGUAAUAAGUCUCUUUCAUCCAAGUCUCUGUGGAACGACCUCGUUCUUGCAUUCCUAUACUAUAAUUGGUAUUGCAUGUCGAGCAAACCAUUGCUUGAACAAGUUGUAUCAGCGGUCAAGAAACACUCUCAAUCUGGAACCAUUAGGAUCCAACCAAUCCGUGGUACACAACAACCAUCACUGGCUGAAUUUGAACAAAGGCUUGUUAAAGCAAGGGAGGCAGCCAUUGAAUCUAUUCUCAAUCCCUUAGAAGCAGAAACCUCAAAUUCAGCAAGCUCAGAAGAGUACUCUCUGUUCAACAUCUUUAACUCAGAUCAAGAAGAAGAAGAAGAAGAAAAGAUGGCAGCCAAUGACCAACGUGCUUUGGAGGAUCUUGCUCAACCAAUCAUACCAAAUUCACCUUCAUGCAUCUUGCUGCCCACAGAAGCUAGAAACUAUGAGCUUAAAUCUUCUCACUUUCAAAUGCUUCCUUCUUUUUAUGGUUUACCUAACGAAGAUCCUUUGGCUCACAUUAAAGAAUUUUAUACUGUUGUUUGUACUUUGACUUUGAAGGAUAUGUCUGAAGCAAAUUUGAGGAUGAGGGUUUUCCCUUACACUUUGAAAGAUAGAGCAAAGACUUGGUUGAUGUCAUUAACCCCUGGAUCACUAACCACUUGGGAUGCUGUUGCUAAGAAGUUCUUGGAGAAGUUUUUCUCCGCCCAAAAGACAGCCACCUUGAGGUCCAAGAUUUUCAACUUCUCACAACAUGAUGGCGAACCAUUCAACGAAUGCUGGGAGCGUUUCAAAGGAACUCUAAUGCAAUGUCCACAUCAUGGGUUACCUCUAUACUUACAAAUGCAAAUUUUUUAUGAUGGACUAACCGAAACUUGUCAAUCUACUGUAAAUAAUGCUGCAGGUGGAGCUUUAAAGAAAAAGAAUGCUCAAGAGUCAUAUGACAUAUUUGAGAUGUUAGGAUCCAAUGCUCAACACAAAGAUACAAGAGGUAAGGCUGGUAUCUAUGAGAUUAGUCCUAACAAUGAGCUUGCUUCACAGGUGGCUGGUUUACAAAGGAAGCUUGACGCCGUGCUCAAUAUGGUACCUAAAGCUCCUCAAGUUGAAGUUUGUGCUAUUUGCAAUGUUCAAGGACACUCAACUCACAUGUGUUCAGCUAGUAAUGCUUAUCCCGAGUUUGUCCAAGAACAAGCCCACAUGAUGAAUUCUUACAACCAAAGGCCAAGAAAUGACCCCUUCUCGAACACUUAUAAUCCUGGUUGGAGGAAUCACCCAAAUUUCUCUUGGAGCAACAAUCAAAAUAAAAAUCAAGCAAGUUCAUCAUUCCAGCCUAAACCAAGUUCAUUGGAGGACACAGUCAAAAUGUUGGCCCAAAAUACUUUGCAAUUCCAGCAAACUACUAAUGGUGCUCUUCAACAACAUUCUGCUGCCCUUACUAAGAUGGAGAUUCAAUUGGGACAAAUUGCUGAUACUUUGAAACAAAGGGAACCUGGAAAAUUCCCUAGCCAACCAAAUGUGAAUCCCAAGCAUCAUGAGCAAGUCAAAGCAAUCUCAGUUCUCAGAAGUGGUAAGGUUAUUGAUAAUAAAGUUGGCAAAGAAAUUACUAAUCAUGAUGUCGUGAAUGCAGGUGAUGAACGCAAGGAAGAGACGACACCAAAAGAAGCAAUUCCUAUUGGCACGUCAACAAUUUCACCUAUAUUGCACAAGGCCGAGAACCCUUAUGAUAAGUCUUCUACUGAAAUCUAUGAUAUACUUAGUAAAGUCAAUGUUAACUUGCCUUUACUUGAUGUGAUCAGGAACAUGCCAACUUAUGCUAAAUUUUUUAAGGAGUUGAACUCACACAAGAGAAGGUAUAGUCCUCAUGAGAAGGUGUUGGUGUCUGAAAAUGUGAGUGCUGUCCUUCAAAGAAAACUUCCUCCAAAGCUCAAGGAUCCAGGCAGUUUUACCAUCGGCAUAACCAUUGGAGAUAAACGAGCUGAGAAAGCCAUGUUGGAUUUAGGUGCAAGUAUCAAUCUAAUGCCUUAUUCAGUGUACUUGCAACUUGGUUUGGGGAAGUUAAAAUCCACCACACUCAGCUUACAACUUGCUGAUCGCUCAGUGAAAUAUCCUAGAGGUAUAGUUGAAGAUAUUUUGGUUCAAGUUGAUAAGCUAAUAUUGCCUGCUGAUUUUGUAGUGUUAGACAUGGAAGAUGCACCCAUUCAUGAUCGUGAGCUACCUAUCUUGCUUGGAAGACCAUUCAUAGACACAGCAAACACUCUUAUUGAUGUGAAAAAUGGCAUUCUGAAAAUGACAGUCCUUGGCCAAACCAUAGAAUUCAAAGUGGUUGAAUCCUUAACUCAUCCUUCUAAUUCACUUGAUUGUUUUUCAAUUGAUAGUUUGGAUUCCUUGGUUUUGUCUAAGUUUGUGCAGGCACAAUCUGAUGAUGCUUUAGAAAUUGUUUUGACACAACCUUUAGGUGACCUUGAUGAUGAAUCUGAGUUCAUUGAAGUGGCGGCUGCCCUUGAGGUUUUGAAACCAUUCCAUUCUUCCAUUUCACCCAUUGUUGAACCUCUUAUACCUGCCACCACUAAACUAGUUCCCUCCAUUGUCAAGCCACCUAAACUUGAGCUAAAACCUCUUCCACAACACCUUAAAUAUGUUUAUCUUGGUGAGACAGAAACCCUUCCCAUCAUUAUAGCUUCUGACCUUUCACCAUUAGAGGAGGAUAAGUUGAUUGCAGUUUUGAGAGAGCACAAGAAUGCCAUUGGAUGGACCAUUGCAGAUAUCAAGGGAAUAAGCCCUACAAUGUGCAUGCAUCGAAUUUUGAUGGAGGAUGAUGCCAAGCCAACUCGUGAGCCCCAAAGGAGACUCAACCCACAUAUGAAGGAUGUUGUAAGAACUGAAAUACUCAAAUUACUUGAUGUAGGAAUCAUUUAUCCUAUUUCAGAUAGCAAAUGGGUGAGUCCUAUCCAAGUUGUGCCAAAGAAGUCAGGCAUCACAGUGGUCAAGAAUGAGGACAAUGAGCUGGUGCCAACAAGACCCAUCACGGGAUGGAGAGUAGACAAAGCAAAGAUUGAUUUGAUUUCUAAUUUGCCAUCCCCUACUUCAGUGAAGGGUGUGAGGAGUUUUCUAGGACAUGCAGGUUUUUAUCGUCGUUUUAUUAAGGAUUUCUCCAAAAUCACUCGUCCUCUAUGCAAUCUUUUGGCUAAAGAUUCUGUUUUCAACUUUGAUAAAGAUUGUUUGGAUGCAUUUAACACUUUGAAACUUGAACUAACAUCAACUCCAAUUAUUAAGGCACCAGAUUCGUCUUUACCUUUCGAAUUAAUGUGUGAUGCUUCUGACUAUGCUCUUGGUGCAGUUCUAGGUCAAAGAGUGAAUAAGCUCCCUCAUGUCAUCUAUUAUGCAAGCCGAACAUUAAAUGAUGCUCAGCUCAAUUACUCAACAACUGAGAAGGAGUUGCUUGCUGUAAUUUUUGCUUUAGAGAAGUUUCGUUCAUAUCUUGUUGGUUCUAAAGUGAUUGUCUAUUCUGACCAUGCAGCACUUAGGUACUUGUUAACCAAGAAGGAUGCUAAGCCACGCUUGCUUCGAUGGGUAUUGCUGUUGCAAGAAUUUGAUUUAGAAAUCCGAGAUAAGAAAGGGUGUGAGAAUGUUGUUGCUGAUCAUCUCUCUCGUCUCAUCGAUGGUAACCACGAGAAUGAAGAUGUCCUGCCCCUCAAUGAAUCUUUUCCAGAUGAACAACUAUUGGCCAUUCAUGAUCAAGAACCAUGGUAUGCUGAUCUUGUUAAUUAUCUUGCUAGUGGUGUUUUGAGAGAUGAUCUAACUUUUCAGGAAAGAAAGAAGUUCCUUGCGACAGCCAAACAUUACUUAUGGGAUGAUCCAUAUCUGUUCAAACAUGGCCCCGACCAAAUCAUAAGGAGGUGUAUCCCAGAGAAUGAGCAGCAAAGCAUACUCAAGUUUAGUCACGAAUUUGCAUGUGGAGGUCAUUUUGGUGCCAAGAAAACAGCAGCUAAGGUUCUUCAAUCUGGUUUCUUUUCGCCCUCUCUUUUUAAAGAUGCAUUCUAUUUCUGUUCUAAAUGUGAUAGGUGUCAAAGAAUGGGAAACAUAAGCCGGAGGAAUAUGAUGCCACUGAACAACAUUUUGGUGGUGGAGCUAUUUGACAUAUGGGGUAUAGAUUUCAUGGGACCUUUUCCUUCCUCUUUGGGUUAUACUUACAUUCUUGUUGCUGUAGAUUAUGUAUCCAAAUGGGUGGAGGCAUUGGCUACAAGGACUAAUGAUCAUAAAGUUGUCCUGAAAUUCCUGAAAGAUGUGAUUUUCACUAGGUUUGGAACUCCUAGGGCUGUCAUUAGUGAUGGUGGCAGCCACUUCUGUAACAAACCAUUUGAGGCCUUAAUGAAAAAGUACAAUAUCACACAUAGAGUGGCAACUCCAUAUCAUCCUCAAACUUCCGGACAAGUCGAGAUCAGCAAUAGAGAGAUCAAGAAUAUUUUGGAGAAAACUGUCAAUCCAACUCGAAAAGAUUGGGCAUUGCGACUCAAUGAUGCACUUUGGGCAUAUAGGACAGCUUAUAAGACUCCCAUUGGGAUGAGCCCUUAUAGACUUGUGUUUGGGAAGGCUUGUCACCUACCAAUGGAACUUGAGCACAGAGCAUAUUGGGCAAUUAAAAAGUUCAAUUUUGAUCUCAAAGAAGCUGGGAAUGUCAGAAAAUUGCAAAUCAAUGAAUUGGAGGAGCUAAGAGCGAAGAUCUACAAAGAGAGGACCAAACGCUAUCAUGACAAGGCCAUCCUCAGGAAAGAAUUCAAGCCAGGUAUGAAAGUUUUGUUGUAUGACUCACGCUUACGUCUCUUUCCAGGUAAAUUGAAAUCUAGAUGGCUGGGGCCUUUCAAGGUGCUUCAAGUUUUCCCUCAUGGAGCUGUUGAGAUUGAGAACCUAAGGGAUGGGACAACUUUCAAGGUGAAUGGGCAGCGAUUGAAACAAUACUUGGAUGAUGUUGUGGAAACACAAGUUGUGGACUCCCUUGAGUUCACCACACCCUAA